UAGCCUUUGCUAGUUUUCCUUGUUGAUGGACAGAUACAGCUUGAUCCCCCUCUCCCUCGCCCUCUCCCCCUCUCUCUCCUGGCCAGCGAGAUUCAUCGGUCCAUAUAACCAGAAACGCACUCCACCCUCGCUCCUCACCACUCGUUCCUUCGUCCAUGGAACCCUAGACGAAAAGUACGCACCCUCCACUCCCACCUAGAGCUCCCUCCCAUCAGAAACAAGCUGCUUGGAGAGCCAUCGGUCCGUCGAGCUCCACCACGCGGCAUAUCACACCACACGCCCCCCCAUGGCGCACGCUUGUCCCCGGAGCUCCGUCGAUUCCACAGCCUCAAGCCAGUGAGUGAGCGAGCAAGGCCGGCCGGGACACACUGUACUUGCACCGCGUCCUCGCUUCCAUUCCUAACCCCUUUCCGGCCGUGUUCUCUGCUCUCUAUAGCGGAUAAAUUAAGCGGCCGCGAGGAUGAUGAACCUUCCACCCGCAGCUGUGAACUCCUGCGACGAGUUCGGAUAUGGGGCUCCCAACCCGCCGCCGCCGUCGCUUUUUCCGAUCAUGGACCACCAGGAGGGGGGCGGCGGCAUCCAUAGGGAGCACGACCACCACCACCACCACCACCUCGGUGGUUACAGCCUCGAGCCCAGCUCGCUGGCGCUCCUCCCCCCGUCCAGCCACGCCACCAUCGCCGCCCACAGCCCCCACGACAUCCUCCAGUUCUACCACCACCCCACCUCGCACCAUUACCUCGCCGCCGCCGCGGCAGGAGGCAACGGCAGCCCCUACGGCCAAUUCGGCGGGGGCGGCACCGCCGGCGGCUUCCAGUCGUACUACCACCAGCAGGCGGGGACGGGCGCGCCCGAGUACUACUUCCCCACCCUGGUCAGUUCGGCGGAGGAGAACAUGGCGAGCUUCGCGGCCACGCAGCUGGGGCUCAACCUCGGCUACCGGACCUACUUCCCUCCCAGAGGCGGCUACACCUACGGCCACCACCCGCCCCGGUGCCAGGCCGAGGGCUGCAAGGCAGACCUCUCCGGCGCCAAGCGCUACCACCGCCGCCACAAGGUCUGCGAGCACCACUCCAAGGCUCCCGUCGUCGUCACCGCCGGCGGCCUCCACCAGAGGUUCUGCCAGCAGUGCAGCAGAUUCCAUCUGCUUGAUGAGUUCGACGACGCGAAGAAGAGCUGCAGGAAACGCCUCGCCGACCACAACCGCCGUCGAAGGAAGUCAAAGCCGUCCGAUGGUGAUGCCGCCGACAAGAGAAGGGCACAGGCCAGCAAAGCAGGAAGUGCCAAAGGCAAAGCAGCCGGAAGCAGCAGCAAAAGCACCGGCACCGGAGACGCGAUGGACAUACAAGUGCAGCUGGGGAGUGGAGACUUGUCUAAAGAUCAGGACGAAACCAUGGGCCACGGAGAGGUGGUGAAAGAAAUGCAGGUGGAUCCCAAGGGGAAAGCAUCAAUGAUGCAGCAGCAGCAGCAGCAGCAGGGACACCAUGGCCAUGGUCUUCACCUGCAAAGCCAACAUGGCUUCCCUUUCCCUUCGUCCUCUGCAGGCUCGUGCUUCCCUCAGAGCCAAGCUGUCUCGAGCACUGACAACACGUCAAAUAUCGGCCAUGUGCAGCAAGAACAGCCAGCCUUGGGAUUCCAUCAGCACAGCAACAUCCUUCAGCUCGGGCAGGCCAUGUUUGAUCUCGACUUCGAUCACUAGCUAAUUAGCUAAUAUAAUUGGUGAUAUUUAAUGCUCCCUCUCGUACGUGUGUGUACGUCGAUCGGAUCAUUUCUUUCUAUCUUGUCUGUAUUAAUUACCGUAAUAUGAUAUAAUAAUGGUAGUUUGUGCA